GCAAGAUUUACUACGUUACACGGGGCUCAGUUAACUGCUGUAGGUUAGCCUGUAAUUUAAUAGUAGUAAAGUUACUCGUGGGCUGGCAAAACGGACAGAUUGACAGCUCAUUGGUUAAGCGGAGUUGUGCGUCCCAUACAUUAUUUGCUGAGCUGUGCAUUAUCCUGCGCACGAUUUGAGGAAUACAUGCCUUUUGCCAAGUGGAGUAGGACGAAGUUGCAAAGCGAUGCCGGGGUUUUUUAUGGACACUAAAAAUCAUGCAGAGAGUUUUGCCUCAUUUUCCGGCGAGGAGUCUCAGAGUUCAUCAGAUUGGGGAAAAGAUGGUUUGGGUCCUGUCAGAACUAAACGAAAAGAAAAUAACCGGGAUGCUGCCAGAAAGAGUAGAAAAAAGCAAACGGAGAGAGCAGAUGUGCUUCAUGAGGAAAUGCAGUUCCUGGAGCGUUCCAACGCUGCGUUCGAGAAGGAGAUCGAAGACCUGCGAGCCGAGCUCCAGCGGUACACUACAGCCCUGCAGCAGCACGAGCCUCAGUGCUCAUUGCAAGGCCAGUCAAGACUAGCGGCCAGUGUCCCCCCGCAGGCCAAGGCCUUCUCCUCUACCUCUGCCAACACCUCUAGACCAGCCUUGAGCAUAGACUCUGUCGCCGUCGCCGUCACCGGCGCGCCGUCGUCCUUGCCGACGCACCCUGGACAGCCCAUCAGCGAGUUCUCCCUCUCAGAACUCUUUGAGUCUACAGAUUGGACUCCACCCUGGGAGCCUGGACACUGGAGUAUACUCUGAUAUGAUGGCGAUGCGCACUUGAAUUGAAGCUGAUUUUUGAAUCACCAAAAACCCAGGAACCCCAAUCACAACCCCGCAGUAGUACAGUAGUACAGUGAGCAGCGUGGGUCAACUCAACCAAUGGCUUCACUGAUGGCGUCAGUACAGUAUGUGCAUUUUCUUUGGAAUUAAGUAAACAACUGCAUUUAAAACCUUCAUUUACUAGAAUGUGGUAUAUGGUAGAUGUGUUUGCUAUAUUUUUUGACAAGAGUGGAUAAGAGUUUAAUGUACCAGUUUAAGUUUAAUUUCACUGCUGUUAACAUCACUCGGAAAUCGGAGGUAAACUAAAGUUCCCCAGACACGUUGUCAAUUUCAACUGAGAUUUGAGAAACAGUACAAAGAAUCUCUCCUUUUAUUUUACAUCAGUGACCGGAAGAAAUAAGAGUAUUUCGUAUCAAUGAAAUUUAAAAAUGCAAUUUAUUUACAAAUUAUUGUUUUUUUUUUGUUUAAGGUAGAGAUAUAUAUAUAUAUAUAUAUAUAUAUAUAUAUAUAUUAAGUUAUUGGUUAAAAUGUUUAGUGCAAAGUAGUCAGGUAGAUUGCUCUACCCCUGCUGACUGUUCUUUGAAGCUCACAAAGACUCGUAUUAGGGACAUGCAUUAUAUAGGACUUUUUAGAUCACACUGACUAUAUUUUCCUAAAUAAAGUUUAUUUUAUUAUUUAUUCUGUAAUAUAAGCAUAUUCGUUUAUCAAGAGUAUAAGGUGCUGUAUGCUGCUCAAUGUCACAAAUAAAGAUGGUUUUAUAAGUAUUUCUUGCUAA